GCAUAGACCGUCUGUUAAGCACCACCGGUAGCUUUGCUUCCUUCGCGUAACAUGGACAGCCUCAGGUCCUUCAUACCAACUGGAGAAAGAAAUUGACAAUGAGGAGGUAUAGAUGACAGUCAUAUAGACAACAAGUAAAUGAGUAAACUAGGAGUAUGCAGCAAUGUCGGUAUGCAAAUUGUGGAGCAUAGCGCGCAUGGUGCACCAAGAACGGAAGUCUCGUCGGUGUACCCGGCAACCGCACGCACAUUUUGUGCUCCAUUAGUGUAUAGCCUUAUCGACAGGUAUGACGUUGUAAGCCAUCGUCGUGGACCAGCAGCUGUCUCGACAGUUGUGGGCCAGCUGCAACCACUGGUCUUGGGCCGUGCCGGUCUGCCACCGUCGCCCUUCCCGCCACCUCUGGGCGGACACAAUGGCAACACCUUCCCGGAGCCUGCCACCGACGAUUACGAACAGCAGCAGCUCCUUCAUGCCCGGCGGCUAUCGCACUCACUUUCCAGUACCAGCACUGGUGCCAAUAGCAGCCCCGCAGCUGCACAUGGCAUGCAUGGCACCGGCAACAAUGGUGCUGCGGCUGCCGUUGCUGCCGCCGCUGCAGCAGGCUGGAGGGAUACGCGCUGGCUGCAGUUGCAGCGCCGGCGGCGGAAGCUGAAGCCAGCUCAGGUUGCCGUACAGUUACUCCAGCUGGCCAGUGACCAGCUCCCCUUGCCAGACAAGGAGCAACAGCAGCAGCAGCAACAAGGCAAGGAGCAGCAGCGGCGGUCACAGCGGCGCGUGCAGGGCAGCUGUGCCAGCGACACGCCUCCGCCGCCUAAGCCGCUUCUGGAGGCGUUUGCGGACCUUGAUCGGUUGGCAAUCAGUGAAUCUCUGGAGUUGUUGCAACCGCUGCUGCCUCGCUUUUCGGUAACGCAGCUGCAACGUUGCCUGGAGCUCUUGGCGGUGGCGGGACGUGUGCCGCCCGACCCAUGGGUCCACGCUUACUUUGCGGCUUCGGAACCACUACUGCCGUACGCCGACGCGACAGAGGUGUACGGCAUGUUGGUCGCCAUGCGGGCCCUACACGUCCGCCCGCCAGGAUUGCAAUGGACGGCGGCGGCCAUGGAGUCGCUGUCUCGGCACCUAGCGCAGCUUUCCGCGCCACAGGUGGUGGAGUUGCUGGGCUGCUUGGCUGACCUGGCGCUACCACCCACGGAGGGGCUGCUACAGCGGGCUUUCGCACUGCUACAGCCCGAUCUGGCUGAGCUACAGCCGCGACUGGUUUUAGAUCUGCUAGCGGGCUGUAGCAGACUGCAUCGUACUCCGCCUCGUCACGUGCUGGCGGAGGCGUACGAGGCUUUGACGCCGACGGCGUUGGCGGCGGCGCCGCCGGCGCAGCUCUGCGCCUUGGCGGCGGCAAUGGCGGCGUUGCGGCUGCAGCCGCCGACAGGGCUCAUGGAGGCUGUUGUUGCACGAGCUGACGAGAUGCUAAGGCACGCCGUCGCCGGCGGCGGCAACGGCGACGGCGGCGUUAGCGGCGUGGCCUCAGGAGCUGUAGCAGCGGAACGGCAGGAGCAGCGAAUGGUGGGCCCAGUGGAGCUCACCCCGCCACGGGUGCUGCAGCCGCGUAGAAGGGCUCGAUCCUUGAGGGCAGCCGCCGCAGGCGCCGCUCCAACGGCAACAGCGGAAGCAGCUGCGGCGGAGGCGGCGGCCCCCUUCCGUACAGCGUCAGCGGCAGGGGCAUCCCCGCAGGACCCCUCGCUGCUGCCCUUGAACCCCUCUCCGUUCACCCUCACUCCCACCCAGCUGUCAUGCCUCCUGCGGGACCUCCAAACCCUGGCGACGCAGCUGCCGGAGGGCUGGGGUGAGCUGUGCGGACGCUACCUCGUAAACCGUACGGACGCCUCCACCCCUGUCGUACACGUGGCGUACUUGCUAGGCACGGUUUCGAGGGCUGGGCUGGUGCUACGGCCGGAUGUCGUACGGAGGGUGGCAGCACGGCUGGAGGCGAGCCUGGUGACUGCUGGGAGGGCGAGAAGGCGGCGGCGGCAGCAGGGACAGCAGGGGAGGGAAGACGGCGAAAGCGACGAUGAGAGCGAGGUGUCUGGGAUGCGAAGCAGUCAGGAGGGCGUCAGGGGCCCAGAGCAAGCCGAAGCAGGCGUUAGGUCUGCCGGCCUGACGUCAUGCUUGGAGAGGGAGGAAUUGGAGAAGGAAGUGGAGGAGGAGGAGGAGGAGGAAGGGCUGUUGCGGCAGUGGACGCCUCAUGCCCUCUCCACCACCGUCAUCGCGCUGGUGCCGUACGCACGACACCUGCCGCCCUCCUUCCUUCGCGCCUUGUACGGCAGCCUGUACGACACACUCGAGGCCUUUGAUCUGCCUGAGUUAACCGCCACGCUGCAUGCGCUGCCGUACAUACUGAAAGCAACAGCCUCUUCGCCCUCACCACCGCCGCCACCGCCUCCUGCCCUGCUACGUUCCUACCUCUCAUGCCUACACGGUCGCCUGCACCGCAUGCAACCCUGGCAACUCUCCAUGAGCCUCUUCGCACUCAUGAGGUUGCAUGUACGACCGGACCCCGCCUGGAUGGAUGCCUGUUUAGGCCAGGCCUUCCGUACGAUGCCCCAGAUGAACGAGAUCCAGAUCUCCAGUCUGGCCUGGGUGGUUGCGAGGCUGUCGUACCGACCCAAAGCUGCAUGGAUGGAGCGCUUGCUGGGAGCAGCAGCCGGCCGGCUGUCGUGUUUCAGUCCACGACACCUGUGUCAGUUGUUGUGGGCGGUUGCCGUUAUGGGAUUCCGACCGGCUGAGGUAUGGAUGGAGAGGUGGUUGGAUAAGGCCCGCGGACAGUUCCGCACGACAGAUGGUCGCACUCUGGCGGCGCAGCUGUGGGCCCUGGCGGCGCUUGGGCACCGGCCUGAGGAGGCAUGGCUGCAGGACGCUUGUACGCACCUGCUCCGUCGGUUGCCGUACACUCCCCCGCGCGCCGUCGCCAACGCCCUAGCAGCCCUCACGGUGCUGCAGCACCGACCCAGCGACGACUGGUUGGCCGCCGUCGCGGACCAUGCACACCAUGCACGGCUGGGGCCGCCAGCGUCCCAAGGGCAGUCGCCAGCGGCGACGUCAGCAGCCGGCGUCAAGCUUGUCGGCGUCGCCGCCAGCAGCAGCGGCGAUGGAACGUACGGCAGCGGUGCCGUGCAGCGCUACAGCCUCCGGGAUCUGGCACAUGUCGUGAACAGUUUGGCUCGUUUGGGCUUCCGGCCGGAGGAGUCCUGGCUGCAUGCGGUUGCCUCCACCGCGGCACGUCUAGCGCUGGGCAGGCCGCAGCAGCUAUCGCCCUCGGCGCCCUUGGCGGCGGCGGCCGCCGCCCAUGCAAAGCACAUCUCGCUCGUGCUUCUAGCCUUGGCGCGGUUCCGCUUCCGGCCGCCGCCGGCGACCUGGCUAGCGCUGCUGGAGGGGCUGCACCCCUGCCUGCCGUACGCGCAUCCGCAGUCGCUGGCGUUACUGCUGGCGGCGGCGGCGGCGCUGCGGCUGCCACUGCCGCGGGAGCACGCGGGCACGUUGCUGCUGGCGACGCACCGACGGCUGGGGGCCAUGAGCGGUCGUGGGCUGGCGCUGACGGUUCGUGGGUUUGUGGAGCUUGGGUUGCAUCCUGGAGUGCGGUGGCUGGCGGGGUUGGAAGAGGUGUUGAGGGCAAGGCUGGAGCAGGAGGCUGAGGCGGAGGCUGAGGAGGAGGAGGAGGAGAGCAGCGGGGCAGCGGAUGGCGCCGGUGCCGAGCAGUACCGGGAGGAGGAAGCGGAGGACGCGGUGGCUGAAGCCGAUGGUUCCGACGGCUUGGCGGCGUUGUUCAGGUUGGGGUCGGAUUCGAAGCAGCUGCCGUCCUCGACGCAGCAAGGGCUGACGGGAGCAGCAGCACCGCCGCCGCGGAGGGAGGUGCAGCUGGCUUCUUGGGCCGCCGGUGGGUUCCUGGGCCCUGCGGAGCGGUGCAGUCUGCUGUGGGCGGUUGUGACGCUGGAGACAUCGCGUCUGGAGGAGCUCUCACAGCCCGCCCCGCCACAACACCAGACACUGCAACAACAAAACCGACAACAGCAACAUCAGCAGCAGCAACAACAGCAGCAGCAGCAGCAGCACCCACCGUUGCCGCGGUGGGUUCGCAAGCCUGCUCCUGAGCUUCGAAGACCCCCCCUGUACGGCGACCUGCUUGCACUCCUGCUGCCCUCACCGUCGCAUGCUUCUGCACCCGCCAGCGCCUCAAAUAUCCCUGUUGCUGCAACUUUGGUUGCGGUUGCGAGCCCAGCAGCAGCAGCUGCAGCAGCUGCCGUACACUCCCCGCACCGCUUGCGGGCUCAGCCGUCGUACGACCUGGCGGGUUACAGCGGUCGGGAUCUGGCACUCGUGUGUUGGUCACUGGGGCGGCUGGGGCUGCGAACCCCGGGCCUCACGACGGCUCUGCUGGCGGAGGUGCGGAGACGACUAGCUGUGCGGGACGGGGCUGUUGGAGGGUUAGGCCGAGGGCAAGGGCCCAGCCCACGAUCUCCCCAUGCGGAUCCCUUGCAACUGGAGCCAUCGCAGCCUCAGGAAAAACAGCCGCAUGGUUCUGGGGGUGCUGUGGGAGUUGCAGAACCAGGGCCGCGAUCACGAUCUCGUCCAAGCGGUGUCAGCACGGGAAUGGACGGCAGCAGUGGACUGGGGGCGCAAGCACUUGCAAUGGCCUUCUGGGGCCUCAGCCGCAUGGGCGUGUGGCCCUCGGUACACUGGCAGCUCCAGGCGGCGCAAGCGGUGAUAAGGCGACUGCGGGCGGGAGCGCUGGCGCCGCAGGAUCUGGCGACGGCGACGGCGGCGCUCGCUAGGUGGCGGCGGCAGCCGAGGGUACGGCAACUGCAACGGCGGCGGUUGGUGCAGUGGCAGCGGCGGUUGCGUCGCCACGACGAGGGAGAAUGCAACGGUGCUGACGUCAGCGGUGGCGGUGCAAGUUGCCGGGCAGGGGCGACGCCGGCGGCGCGUCAUGGAAGAGGAGGUCAUGUGACCCAUGGGUCAGUGCGGGCAUCUCGCCAGGCUGAGGCGCGUUUGCGAGCUUGUACGGCAUCCUUGGCGGCGCUGGCGCUAGAGCAUAGUGCCGCGCGCAUUCCGCCUCCUCCUCCCACUCAAUCCGCUCCUCCUCCUGUUGCUGCUGCUGCUACGCUGUCAGCACAGACGGCACCGCUGGCGUCGACGACGUCGACAGCAACCACGAAACUAGCGAGGCCCAUUGCCCGAACUGCAGCAGGAUCCAAGACAGAAUCCAUCACGCUGGAUCCACUGGACGCUGGGAUGCAAUCCGACGACGCGGCCUCCUCCUCCUCCUCCUCCUCCCAACGGUCCCAACCACCUGAGCGGUCCCAAUCGGGCACAACCCUGUACGACGCCCGCAGCUUGGCAACGCUGCUAUGGGCUCUAGCCGCACUACGUGCGGUUCGGCGGCUGCCUGACCCGUGGGUCGCUGCCUUUAUGCCGGUCUCCCUGCGUCUCCUGUCUCAGCUGCCGCCCUCGCACCGAGUGACCUUGCUGGACAGUUUGUCGCGGCUGGGACUGAGGCCGGGUCUGGCGUGGAUGGAGAGAGCGGAGCAGGUAGCGCUGUCCGGCGGUCUGGCGCUCACGAGUGCACUGGGCGGGCUGGACAGGGCCUUGAGGCGCUUGGGCUCGCAGCCCGGGGCGGCUGGGAGGCGGGGAAGGGGAAAGGGAAAGGAGGGAAGGAGGGAGAUCGGGAGGAGGAAGGAGAUCGGCAGGAGGAAGGUGAUCGGGAGGAGGAAGGAGAUCGGCAGGAGGAAGGCGAACAGAAGGAAGGAACAGGGUUAGACCAACGGGGGCAUUAGCAUUAUAUAGCUGCGACAAAUUGCUUCUGUUGGGGGGUUUCUUUGCUCUCCAGGACGGUUUUAGUAGGGGCCAGGAGGCGGUUCCUGCUUUUGGAUGGAGGGGUUAGGUGACGCGUGAAGUGAUGCAUGUGUCAUGCAUGUGUGGAACCAGUCUCGGUUGUACGGUAUGUUUUACUAUCAUAGGAGGGUGUGGUGACAUGGUUAGGCUAGCGGUACAGUCGCAUUGUUGUUGUUUCCUGGUUAUGUGCACGUAAUGGUGGAGGUCCGC